ACGAAACCGAAUUAGUGUAGAACGAGGAGCCUCGCAGGCAACGUUUCCUCAAAAUAUGGAGGCUUCUUAGUUUGUUUCUCGUUACAACGGUAACCAAUGGGACCGCUGUGCGCAUGCGCGGGCGGGUUCCUGUGCGCAUGCGCCAACUGGAUCAUAUGUUUUUCCUCACCCUGUAGGGCGUUCUUUACCUCCUUAAGGUCGCGCCACAUUUAAGGUCGUGCCAGUCUUCCUGGGACAACUUGUAGGGCUUGUUUUUUUGUAAACCGAAGCCUUAAGGCCAUACAUGGGAUCCUGGGACGGAUCUACACUGCCAAAUAAUUCAGUAUAGACUCCUCUAAUGCAUUCUAUGCCUUGAACUUCUAUUUGAGAGACAGAAAAUGAGGGCCGCCGGGCUUCUGCUCUUGGUCCUGGGCAUCGCAGCCCUUUGGGUGGCCUUCUCCUGGAGAGACACCUUCGAGCCAGGCAGCCUUUCCGGGGCCCGGGUUCUCUUGACCGGCGCCAGCGAUGGGAUCGGGGAACAAAUGGCCUACCACUACGCCCGGUUCGGGGCGCAAAUUGUCCUCACCGCCCGGAGGGAGGCCGUGCUGCAGAAAGUGAUGGCCAAAUGUCUGGAGUUGGGUGCCAAGAAGGCCGUCUACUUCGUCGCAGAUAUGGCUUCUCCCACCGAGCCAGAAAAGCUGGUCCGUUUCGCCUCGGAGCAACUCGGGGGUCUGGAUUUUGUGGUCCUCAACCAUAUCGGCGCAUCACCUUUUGAGAUGUGGGCCGGAGACGUGGACCAUCUGCGUUGGCUCAUGCAGGUGAACUUCUUCAGCUACGUGGCCCUCGCCUCGGCGGCUCUCCCUGCCUUGGCGGAGAGCAAGGGCUCGCUAGUGGUGGUCUCCUCCCUGGCAGGUAGAGUGUCCACCCCCUUUGUGGCUCCCUACUCGGCCACCAAGUUUGCCCUGGAGGGCUUCUUUGGCUCCUUGCGCCACGAGCUGGUGAUGCAGCAGAAAGAGAUCAGCAUCACCCUCUGCUUCCUGGGCCUCAUCGACACCGAGUCGGCCAUCAGCAAAACGCAGGGCAAGGUGGCCAUGACGGCUGCUCCGGCUUCGGAAGCCGCGCUGACCAUCGUGAAAGGCGGCGCCAUCCGGGCCCAGGAGGUCUUCUAUCCCUGGACGGUGCGAAUCUUGUUCCUGGUCCGGGACUUCUUCCCCGCACAAAGGGACGCCAUGAUCCGCGGUGCCUACGUCUACCCGCCCCCCAGUGCCUAGAACCAAAGAAAAACCCUCCCCUCAAUGUAGGAAGACACCAUCCGAUCCCUCCUAACAGAGGACCAUCCAACUUCAUAGCCAUGCGCAGGUCAAUGGAGAGAAUUACAGCUAUAAAAUUAUAGAAUCCUAUAGAUCCCAAGGGACCCCCAGAAACAAUCCCAAGAAUGUAGGAAGACACAAUUCGAUUCCUCCCGACAGAGGACCAUCCAACCUCAUAGCCAUGCACAGGUCAAUGGAGAGAAUUACAGCUAUAAAAGAUCCCAAGGGACUUCCAGAAACAACCCCAUGAAUGUAGGAAGACACCAUUCGAUCCCUCCCAACAGAUGGCCAUCCAACCCCAUAGGCAUGGGCAGGUUCAUGGAGGCAAAUGGGGUCAGACUUGGGGUCUAUCAAUAAAAAAGACACCAUCCGAUCCCUCCCAACAGAUGGCCAUCCAACUCCAUAGGCAUGGGCAGGUUCAUGGAGGCAAAUGGGGUCAGACUUGGGGUCUAUCAAUAAAAAAGACACAAUUCGAUCCCUCCCGCCAUCCAACCUCAUAGCCAUGCGCAGGUCAAUGGGGAGAAAUACGGGUAUAAAUUUAUAGAAUCCUAUAGAUCCCAAGGGACUUCCAGAAACAACCCCAUGAAUGUCAGAAGACACCAUUCGAUCCCUCCCGACGGGUGCAGGAAAUCGAGAUGCGAUUUCACAGAGACCACGAAGAAGAAACAGGGCUAUAGAGUGAGCUGGAAGGGUCUCCAAGAGCCACCCAAUCCAACCCCAUCAAAGCAGGAAGACACCAUUCAAUCCCUCCCGACAGAGGGCCAUCCAACUAACAAGACACAAGCAGAUUCGUGGGGAAACAGGGCUAUAGAGCGAUAGAAUCCUAGAGCUGGAAGGGUCUCCAAGGGCCACCCAAUCCAACCCCAUCAAUGCAGGAAGACACCAUUCGAUCCCUCCCGACAGAGGGCCAUCCAAUCUCAUAGCGAUUUCACAGACACCACGAAGAAGAAACAGGGCUAUAGAGUGAUAGAAUCCUAGAGUUGGAGGUAUGGCCAAGGGCCACCUAGUCCAACCCCAAUCAAUGCAGGAAGACACCAUUCGAUCCCUCCCGACAGAUGGCCAUCCAACUAACAAGACACGAGCAGAUUCAUGGGGAAACAGGGCUAUAGAGCGAUAGAAUCCUAGAGCUGGAAGGCUCUCCAAGGGCCACUCAGUCCAACCCCAUCAAUGCAGGAAGACACCAUUCGAUCCCUCCCAACAGAGGGCCACCCAACUCCAUAGAGAGAAAUAGGGCUAUAAGAAUCAGCAUCAGAAGAGACCCGCAAGGGCCACCAAGUUUUAUUUAAAAUUAUGAUUGCUGGUUGCUUGAGAGUUCUGUUUAACCGAGAGUCCACAAACCCGAAACCCAUAAUAUUCACAAGUAAAAAAAAUUAAAAAAUGAGAGCGGAAA